AUGGCAACCUCUGAAUGCCUGCACUCAAACAAACAGGGCAACAAAAGGUUUGUGUGAUUCCGAAUGCCAAGAUUUCAGGAUGGUAGCUCCACUGUUAACCAGAUGACAAAGCUCAAACUCAGACUGCUGGAGAAGAGACUGGAAAACAAAAAGCAGGAUAUGGACGACAGAGCAGAGUCGGCACAGUCUGCAAGGACUUAUGAUGGGCAUCUGGAUGCACUGCAUGUUGCACUGAGGCGAAAGCAGGAGCUCCUACAAAGACUGAGGGACCAGCAUAUGUUAGAAGACCUUCAUAGACCUCACACCUGGGGAGGGUCCAGAAGAAAUUACCAGUCCCAUUUCGUCACUGUCCCACCGCGGCUGCCAGCACUCCCAUCCAUUGUACCCACUCACAUCCACCACCCAGCCCCGGCUUUGACCCUCCAGCCGCCUCCACCACCUGCUGUGCCUCCGCGCAUCAUUCAACAGACUGUGAGGCACUCAGCAUUAAUCUCAGAAACAACCCACACCCCCAGAUAUGUUCUCCCCCAGCAUUCUCCACCUCAGCUGUAUCCUGCUCUACGUUCAGGCAGCGUCAAAGAGGACAUGGUGGAAUUAAUGCUGAUGCAAAAUGCCCAGAUGCACCAGAUUAUAAUGCACAACAUGAUGCUGAAAGCCAUGCCUCUUAUGGCCCUGUCGCCAACCAGGGGACCCGAUAUCUGUGCCACCCACGUUGGACAGCCAGAUGUCAGGACAAGAGGAGGUGCUGUCCAUCAUCAUCAUCACUACAGCCCUCACCCUGCAGCAACACAGCUGCCUCCUGUCAGUUACCCUCCAUGGUUAUCAUCAGGCAUCCCAGCAGGACAAGCAGGGGGUCACCUACCCCCCUUACACCAUGCAACAGCACCAAUCCCACUCCCAACUGUCAAUGCGUAA